CGGUAUCCAAUCUGUCCUGUCAAUCGUUCGUGGUUUACUCUACAUGCGGCGUAAAUAUGUGUUUUCGGCUGUACCGGUCAAAAGUGUUUUUGCGUAUCGUUUCGUUUCAGUUUCAAAACUAAAGAAGUUUCGUGAAGGAUUUUUCGUAAAUACAUUCAAAGCAGAUACGCACUACAGUUAUUUGUUGGUAGUGUUGCUAAUCGUUGGUUGAUAAGGAAGUAUGAUUCAUUGUCAAACUUUGAAUUUAUCAUUGCAAACAAAAUGGAAAUGUUCGAGGAGGAUAUGUUUGCUCUCAGUGAUGAAGAUUUACCGAUACAAACACCGAAAUGCAAUCCAGUAGAAGAGCAUUUAAUGAAACAAUUAUCAGAUGUAGAAACUCGAAUUGAAAAGACAACGAACGAUAUUAAAGAAAUCCAAGUUACGACAGGAAAAAUUUUAAAGAAAUUGCAGUACAAUGCUCAGUAUGGAGAAAAUGUGUCUUCAGAUUCUGACAGUGAUUUAUACACUAUAGACGGACAACCAGUUGUGAAGAAAAAAAAACAAGGAAUCAAGGUCAAUCAAAUUUUAAUUGUACAAAAUAGCUGGAAACGUGUCUUAUGGGAGAAGUGGGUCAUUGGUGUAGUUCUACAGAAUACGUCAACGCAAAUGCUGAGCGAUCCUCGGAUUUACGUCGAUCUCGAGGGACUGGAGGAACUGAGAGGCGUGUCGGCGUUUUGGUCUUCCGACGGCCCGUUCUGGUGUAGGAUCAACGCGAUUCCGUCCAGGAAAAUAGUCACCGCCACCGUGGUCGUCGAUCUGCCGAAAUUCAACGAGGAUUCCUGCUGCGACGCGGGCCUUGUGGUCUCGUACGAAGUCGAUGGUCGGCAGUAUCAAACGCCCGUGUCCACCGUUCGCCUGCUCGUCGCGGACACGGUCGAUAACGAUAGCGCGAUACGUUUUUCGAGUCACGUGGAACAUUGUAUUUUGGCAGUGAAAAGUAUGUCGAUCGAGAAGACGGUUGGUAUACAGAUCGGAAACUAUCCUGAGAGGGGGGAGCGGCUCUUGGAAUUUUUAUACGAAAGAUCUUUCAAAGAAAUCUGCGCAGAUGUGUACGCCGUGACGGCGACCGGAAGUCUGAUGUUCUGCCUAAUAGAGAUACUGCCCAUUAUCGAAGGGAACGCCAGAUUGAGGAUAUUUUCAAAAUCCGACGGUGAGAUAAAUAUACUGCUACGACUUCUAAGAGAUCAGUUUCCAGACAUGACUAUUCAAGAUAACGAUAAUUGCAUCCAAGCGGCAAUGGCUUUAUUAGAGGAAUUAAAAUUGUAUAUCAGAAACGGAAGCGCUUUCGAGCAUCAAAUGGCAAGAAUUAAGACCGACCUACUUAUCUCCUGAUAGUGGUGAAAGAGAUUUUGCGAUUGUAAUAGAAAUCUAAGAAACAACUUGUACCUACCUCGUUCUUCGUGUUUUAUCAUAUUUUAUAUUUUAUACGUUAGAUUUCUAAGAAUAAAUAUGUACCUGGAUG